UAUUGUAGCGUGGAAUCUUUAGGUAAAAAAAGGACACUCUCCCCUCUGCUUCACUCUCUCUCCCUCACUUGCUCUGUUUCCCUCUGUUUUCUGAGAGAGAAGAUUGGGAUAUGGAGAUGGUUCAGAGCUCAAGAACAAGCAAAUGGGUGUCUUUGUGUGUGGUUUUCUUUGCUCAUUUUGUUUCAGUCAUGGCAGAUGAUGGCCCGCUGUUGAACGGCGAUUUCGAGUCACCUCCGACAGGCGGGUUCUCGAACGAAGGGCUAGUGGACGGACCCACCACGAUUCCCAACUGGAAGACAAAUGGCACGGUUGAGUUGGUUGAAUCGGGCCAAAAGCAAGGGGGGAUGAUACUGAUAGUGCCCCAGGGCAAGCACGCAGUGAGACUGGGAAACGAUGCGGAGAUAAGCCAAGAGAUGAAGGUGGAGAAGGGGUUCAUAUAUUCGAUAACGUUUAGCGCGGCGCGGACGUGCGCGCAGCUGGAGUCGAUAAACGUGUCGGUGGGUGCAGCCUCCCAGAACAUAGACUUGCAGACGCUGUACAAUGUGCAGGGGUGGGACCCCUACGCUUGGGCGUUUUCAGCGGAGGAGGAGGAUGCGCAUGUGGUGUUCCGGAACCCAGGCAUGGAGGAUGACCCCACCUGUGGCCCUAUCAUUGAUGACGUCGCCAUCAAGAAGCUCUUCGCUCCUGAUCCUCCCAAAGAUAAUGCAGUGACUAAUGGUGAUUUUGAAGAAGGUCCAUGGAUGUACAAAAAUGCUUCUCUGGGUGUCCUCCUCCCCACCAACCUCGACGAAGAAACAUCCUCAUUACCAGGUUGGAUUGUAGAAUCAAAUAGGGCAGUCCGAUUCAUCGACUCCGACCAUUUCUCAGUCCCACAGGGGAAACGAGGCAUUGAAUUGCUUUCUGGAAAGGAAGGGAUAAUCUCACAAAUGGUGGCAACCACCCCCAACAAGCCAUACAAGCUGACCUUUUCAUUAGGCCAUGCUGGGGACUCGUGCAAGCAGCCUCUAGCAAUUAUGGCUUUUGCUGGGGACCAAGCCCAAAACAUCCACUACGUGGCCAAUGCCAACUCCACCUUCGAGACCGUCGAUCUGAACUUCACAUCCAAAGCUGAGAGAACACGCGUUGCAUUCUACAGUGUGUAUUACAACACCAGGAGCGAUGACAUGAGCUCGCUGUGUGGACCUGUAGUGGAUGAUGUGAAGGUGUGGUUUUCGGGGGCUAGGAGAAAUGGCCUUGGAAGAUUGAGUUUAGGGUUUGGAUUUGGGCUGUUUGUUUUGCUUCUUGUUUCGGUUUAGGGUUUGUAUCGAGCAGCUGAAUUAGAUGUGUGGUGGGUGAUGUAUCAUGGUUUGGUUUAUGCGAAUGGGAUCCUUGGUAAACCAGAUUCCCAAGUCUAUGUUGUAACUGUUGCAAAAUUUCGCUCUAUAAUUUUGCCACUAGAUAUGAAAUCUACUCAACUUUCCUUUUCCUCCCC